AUGCCACACAGCAGACAUCGUCUCUCCUCCUCGCUCGCCCACCAGCCAGUCUCUGGCGUCCAGCUCGGUAUGUCAUUCGUGCGAGUUGUCCUGCCUGGCUCCCCCUAUCCUCCUGCCAUGUCUCUCUGCGUGUCCUGGCUCUGCUCAGUGGCUGGACAUUCUCCUUCUCCGUCUGCCUCUGCUGCUGCUGCUGCUGCUGCUGGCUGUGUCGUGGCCUUUUUUUGCUUGUCGUCGAAGAAGGAAGAAGCGGCGGCGGCAGAAUCAAAAAGCGGUCGCCAAAACGGCCAACGCCAGCCUCAUUCUGAAUUUUCACCUUCGCCUUUUCGUCUCAACCACAACAACAACCACAACACCACCAACAACAACACCUCACGCAGCAGCGACAGCAGCGACAGCAGCAGCCAGGUCUUUUCCUUUCGCCCCCCCCUGCUAGAUGAGAAGUCUCUGCUAACCUCUGGCUGUCUCUCCAGCAGGCUCCCUUCCAAUUGA